UGAACAAAAAUAGCGAGUCCCAAAUAAAAUCCCAGGAGAAUGGAGGUGGUGGUUGGAGAAGGAUGGAGCCGAGUCAUAGUGUAACACCUCUCCCCAGCAUCCUUCUCUGAGAGCCCUUUUCAUCUUCAAAGGAGGAAAACAGAAAAAAAGUGGCGUAGGUGAGCAACGGCAAGCAGCCAGGGGGAGGAUGGAGUCUCCUGAGCUGGUACUCCAUCUUCGUAGAAACAUGGCCGAGUCUCCCCCUCUUUCCAAUUCUUCAUCCCCAGCACCUCAGGCGGCGCCACCCCCAAAGUCUUCGCCGCCACCGCCCCCAUCACCACCACCCUCCUCGGCACCUCCACCCGCCACCCCAACUGCUCCACCUCCAAAGAAUUCUCCACCUCAAUCAAACAAAUCUCCCUCUCCGCCUGCUCCACCAUCUGAUUCUACCGUGCCACCGCCACCACCAGCUCAGUCGGGUGCAGUGCCUGGGCCCCCUCCAAAGAGUACUUCUGGGAAGACAUCACCUUCGCCGACACCCAAGGUAGACUCGAAGCUACCUUCGAAGAAUGACAAAAACAGCAGCAGCAGCGCCGGCCAAGGUGGCGGCCAAGGCGAGGCAACUAAUUUACCCCUUGUUGUGGGGACUGCUGUGGGUAUAACUCUAUUCGUCAUUGCUUUGCUGGCCGUUGCGAUAUGCUGCUGCUUUAAGAGGAAGAAGCCUCGCAAUAACAUGCACUAUUAUGAUCCUUCAGUGCCCAAAGGUGAUGGCUACUAUAACAAUGGAUCACUCCCAAAAUGGCAACACCAAGGGAUGGACCCCAUGGGCAAGAUUCCACCACCUCCAGGAGUGGCUGCCCCAGGUGGAGGCGGGUGGCAGCAGUCGCCACCUCCGGCAAUGAUGAGCAGCGGUGACAUGAGCUCGGGUUACUCAGGCCCCCAUGGUCCUCCGUUGCCUCCCCCUUCACCCAGCAUUGCCUUGGGGUUCAACAAGAGCACCUUCACCUACGAGGAGCUGGCGGCUGUAACAAACGGGUUCUCUCAGGGCAAUCUCGUAGGGCAAGGCGGGUUCGGCUACGUGUACAAGGGCAUACUCCCUAAUGGAAAGGAGGUCGCCGUGAAGCAGCUCAAGUCGGGGAGUGGACAGGGAGAGAGAGAGUUCCAAGCUGAGGUUGAAAUCAUCAGCAGAGUUCACCAUCGCCACCUUGUGUCCCUUGUUGGAUAUUGCAUUGCUGGGUCGCAACGGAUGCUCGUCUAUGAGUUUGUUCCCAACAAAACUCUUGAAUACCAUCUUCAUGGAAAAGAUCUUCCGGUAAUGGAUUUUCCAACAAGAAUUAAAAUUGCAUUAGGAUCAGCAAAAGGCCUUGCCUACUUGCACGAAGACUGCCACCCUCGCAUUUUCCAUCGUGACAUUAAAGCUGCUAACAUUCUCUUGGAUAAUAAAUUUGAAGCCAUGGUUGCGGAUUUUGGACUGGCCAAGUUAAAUUCUGACAAUGACACACAUGUUUCGACGCGUGUGAUGGGAACUUUUGGGUAUUUGGCUCCAGAGUAUGCAUCAAGCGGUAAGCUGACGGAGAAAUCCGACGUCUUCUCGUUUGGUGUGAUGCUUUUGGAGCUGAUAACUGGACGACGCCCUGUUGACGAUACCCAUGCAUUCAUGGAAGAUAGCUUGGUUGAUUGGGCAAGGCCUGUUUUAAGCCGUGCAUUGUCCAAUGAAAAUUUUGAUGAGUUGGUAGAUCCGCACCUGGAGAACGAUUACAAUGCAAUAGAGAUGCAACGCAUGAUAGCAUGUGCUGCUGCUUGUGUUCGCCAUUCCGCGAGGAGGCGCCCCAAGAUGAGUCAGAUUGUGAGGGCAUUGGAGGGUGACACAUCGCUUGAAGACUUGAAUGAGGGGGUGAAGCCCGGGCAGAGUUCAUACUUCAACUCAAGCUCAGAUUAUGAGUCAGGUUCGUAUAGCGCAAACAUGAGGCAGUUCAGGAGGGUUGUGCUUGGAGGCGAGGAGUUCAGCAAUGAGUACAGUGGACAGACCAAUGACUAUGGGCUCAAUGCCUCUGACUUGAGCAGCUCUGGGGAGUUGAAUGCCUUUGGAAAUCAGAGGCACAGAGCUCGUUGAUCUCCCUGGAAAUUAAAAAAAGAAAGAAAAGAAAAGGAAAGGAAAAAUAUGAUCAUGAUAGAAUUAAGAUAUACUCAAUCAUGAAACUAAGGAGCUUGUUGAAUUGAAUGUGUUGUAGCCUUCUUUUGUUGGUGGGAGAGAUGAUUUGGUUAAUGUCUAUCAGUGCCUGUUCUUAUCAAUAUUGUAAUUAUUGGACUUGGCUUCUAUUAUUUACUGGCAGCUUGGACCAUUAUUGUUUGAAGUGAGGAAAAGGCUGGGGAUUUUCUAGAA